UUCUCUUCAAUUAUAGUACAAAAUUAUCUCUUUUCAAUUUCAAUUUUCCAUUACUACCCCACUUGACACAACUGGAAAUUUGCCCAAGAUAUUUUCUUUUUUCCUCUUUUGUCAAUUGUAUUUCUAGCUGAAUCAGCAGUUUGGUGAGUUGAGCUCCCCAGUUCCCAGAUGACCUGAGAAUGGCCACAUCAGUUACAUCUGCUGAAAGCACAGGAUCCUUAAGUAGUGAUCUUUUCUACGACAUACUUGGGCGCCUUGAUGGUGCAACUUUGGCUAGUGCCGCCUGUGCCUGUGAAGCAUUCUGCUCAAUCUCCAAGGAAGAGAAGCUUUGGGAAAAUGUAUGCUCUUCCAUGUGGCCUUCAACCAACAGGGAUGAAGUCAAAAGUUUAAUAUCUUCUAUUGGUGGAUUUAAAAAAUUCUAUGCUGAUUGCUUCCCCCUUAUCGUGAACAAGGAAGUGCCUGAAUGUCGAUGGAAUGAAUAUCUCGAGUAUCCUGAAGAAUUAACUGAAGCUGAAUAUUAUGGUGACAUGGAUGAAAUUGAAAUUGUUGCUCCAUCAGAUUUUGUCUCUAUUGUCGAUGUAAGAUACAAAGAUAAACCAAUAUGCUCGAAAGUCCUUUGGGGCAUUCCUAAUGCAAAUGGAUUCCCACAUUGGUUUUACAGCUGUCCAUUUCGAAUUGAUCUUUUCACGUACUCUACUAGAGAUGAUGAACAUGCAGGUGAAGUUACUUUAUCAGUUUCUGAUGGAUUGCCUCCAAUCACAUCUAUGGAGAAAGAGAGGAAAGAUGGUAAACUCUGGCAAGAGCUCAGGGACGGAAUACGCCUCAGUUGGAUUGUUGUGAAUACCAAAAUAAAACAAGCUGCUAAUCUCUCGAGCUGGAGUCCCCUCGGAGGGCAAAGACAUUGGCCAACAGAUAAGGAUUUCCUGCUUCGCUUCGGUUCAGUUCUUCCUGCCAAAGACAUUCUACCUUGUCAAGCUGUGGAGUGUAUCGUUCUUAUGAAGUUCAGAGUGAUCUAUACAGAAGAGGGAGGUGUGCCGACAACUCUCAAACUGACAGAACUAAGCAUGCAAUUGGGAGACAUGGAAGGUGCACAUCUAAAUGGUAGAAACAGUUUACUUGUCCUCAAGGAAGCGUUAAGCUGCAAACGGAGCAAGAAUUACAACGAGGCGCUCGAAUCAUGUCAACUGUACUCAAAGGUGCAAAGUGAGCUACGGGAAGAAAAAAUGAGAAAUGAGAGCAGGUUAGAUAGACUUUAUAUAUUAGGAGGCAUUAUGACUUGCAUCACGGCCUGUUUCUAUUUGUGGUGACAUGAGUUGUUAUGUGUAGUUCUUUUUUGAUCAUCUUGACAGUUCUCUCCACUCUGAUCUUGAUGUAAAUGCAAUUUUGACCAGCAAAUGGUCUGCUGAUUUUCCAGCGUCCUUUGCUUUGUAAAUAUUUGUUACCAUUUAUUUGGACCAUUUCUCGA